UUUGAGUUUGUCAGUCACAUUUAUUCCCAUUGGUGAAAAACACCCAGGAAGUCCGUCUUACACCUCACGCGAUUGGGCAAUAUGGAUGCCGAUAUUAAUACGUCAUCCCCGAGCAAAAAUUGUGUGCUUUCACUGACUGACAAGAAUGCCCUUCCUUUGCUCCUUGGAUGCUCACGGCUAACAAAAUGCCAAACUGUGGACUACACGGUCAGUAGUGAAUGACCGCCAGACCGCCAUAGCGUUUGUAACAAGCUCUGAGCUGGCUCUCCCCUGUGGGCUACGGGAGCUUUAUUUGAAGGCUUCGGAGACCUGUGGCCUUCAUUUCCCAAAAUGUCCAUGAGACGAACAGAAGGGGUGUCCAUCGCCCAGGCUUUGGCCAUGACGGUUGCGGAGAUCCCAGUCUUCCUCUACUCCACAUUUGGGCAGUCCAUAUUUUCCCAGCUGAAGCUGACGCCUAGCUUGAAGAAAGUGCUGUUUGCCACGGCGCUGGGCAGCGUGGCGUUGGCGCUCACCGCUCAUCAUCUGAAGCGGCGAGGGAGGAAAAGGAAGCAGGCCAUCCAGGCCAAGGAGGAGCAGAAGACGGUGGGAAUACCCGAAGCGCUGCUCCGAACAGGAAGACCUUCGUCAUUGAAGAGAGUUCCGUUGACGGGGCGUCAGAUGAUGAGUCCUAGCACGCGCAGCAACGACACACUGAGCGGCAUCUCCUCCCUGGCUCCCAGUAAACACUCAAGUUCCUCACACAGCUUGGCUUCUAUGCGAGUUCCAACCUCUCCAAGUCAGUCAGCCAACCCACCAACACCCUGGGAGGCCGAGGCUGUGGUGGAGGAGUCGGGUGCGGCAGAGGACGCCAAUGCAGAGAAUCUCUAUUUAAUGGGCAUGGAGUUGUUUGAGGAAGCCCUCAGAAAAUGGGAACAGGCCCUGCACAUACGCCACCACGCUCACUCUGGCUCCAGCAACAGCAGCUUGGCUCUGCAGGGGGCGGCGUGCGGAGACGCUCCCACGGUUGAAGGUCACAAUAAAGUGCUAGCUGACAAACUGGAGACUCUGCUGCACAGGGCGUACCACCUGCAAGAGGAUUUUGGCGGCAGCAUCCCGACAGACAGCUUACUGGCAGACUUUGAGAGCGAGGGGACGCUCAUACUUCCUCCAGUGGAGAGUUUCCACAUGCUGCCGGACGAUGACGCCGCCACUGUUUCGUCUGACCAGUCCUUCUUCUCGGCCGCCGAGAUGUUUGACACCUUCUCUCUGGAGGACUCCUACCAGCUUCUCAGACCAGCGGCUCUCUACGAGGAGGCCUUGGCUCUGGUCCGGGAGGACAAAGUAGCCUACAGGUCCCUGAGGACUGACCUGCUUGAAUGUUACGGCGACCGAGACUUCCUGGCCAAGCUUCAUUGUGUCAGACAAGCGUUCCAGGUGCUGCUGCUGGAUGAAGCUCACCGCACGUUCUUCAUGGAGACCGGCAAGCAAAUGAUUGCCGGUUUGAUGGUGAAGGCUAACAAGAGUCCCAAAGCCUUCCUGGAGAGCUACGAGGACAUGUUGCUGUAUACUCAAAGAGAGGAAACGUGGCCCAUCACCAAGAUGGAGCUACAUGGCCGCGGGGUGAGUGCAGGCCACAGGUUUUGGAUACUGAGGUGUUGGGGAAACCAGGGUAGUAUUUGGUUAGCAUGGUGCUCGUCGCAGGUGGUGUGCAUGAGCUUCUUUGACAUCGUGUUGGACUUCAUCUUGAUGGACGCCUUCGAAGACCUGGAGAACCCGCCGUCCUCCGUGGUGGCCGUGCUGAGGAACCGCUGGCUCUCGGACAGCUUCAAAGAGACUGCUCUGGCGACAGCUUGCUGGUCCGUCUUGAAGGCCAAAAGACGCCUCCUCAUGGUUCCUGACGGCUUUAUCUCCCACUUCUACGCCAUAUCGGAGCAUGUGAGCCCGGUUUUAGCCUUUGGCUUUUUGGGCCCCAGGCAGCACUUAAGUGAAGUGUGUACUAUUUUCAAGCAACAAAUCGUGCAGUACCUCAAGGACAUGUUUGAUCACGACAAGGUGCGCUUCACCUCGGCGCAGUGCUUGGCCGAGGACAUCCUGAAACUUUCCCACCGCCGCAGUGACAUUUUGCUGGGCUACCUGGGUAUCGACGGCCUCCAGGAGCUCAACGGGGCGCUGCCCGGCGACACGCACGCAGGCCUCGCUAACUGACAAGCAGACAUCCGCUCACACUUUGUCCGUCCCACUUAUUGCUCGGCAUCAGGAAGAAGAAGGAAGCCCGGUUAUCAGCUGCUGAUAACAAUCGGGAAUUUCUCCUGCAAUCAAUAGAUCCCAGGCUCUACAAAUGAAGGACCCUCUCGCCUGAUGACUGCACCGCUCUGUCACCUUCAUGUCAUCGCCCGAGAGCCUGGAGGUAUCAUUAGCGGUGUGAAUGACUGAUACUGCUGUGCGUAUUUUAUAUCCAACAGAGAACCAUAUCUGCUAAAUUUCCAUCCUACUUGAAUCAUCUUUAAAUGCAGCUAUACUCUAUACACAUACACACAGUGGAACCUCAGUUUUCCUCAUCCGAUACUGAUAUCAGCACAGAUCAUACAUCAUUUUAUUACUUGUUUAAUAGCUUGGAAUGUUGAAAAAGACUCCAUCGAGUGGUAUUACUCAGAGAAUAAUAGUCAGCAACAGUAGUAUGAGGGGAAAAACUCUCCCAUUUCUUCUUAAUACAUCUGGAGUCUCGACAUGCUCAAUGAAGCAUAAAACCUGACAUCACUCGGCACCGGGCACGGGGGUUCUUACAGGCAGUGAUGUUUGGAAAAUGUGUCAAACAGCAAGGUUGAGAUGAAGUUGGUCGUUUUAUGUACAUUUCCUCGGUUCUGUGUCAUCACGGGAAACUUGUGCAUGGCAAGUUUUGCACUAUGCUGCAAUGUCUUUGUCUGACUUUUCAGGGAAAAUGCAGGAGGAAUCUGGGAAGGACUGCUUGUAUCAGAGAUUUGAAAUGCAGGCCGAUAAUACCCAAUUCCCCCCUCUUCCCCCACAGUCAGAAAGACAGAGUGUGCUUGAAUGCCUCAUCAUUGCUGGUGCUCAUUGCUUAUAAAACAGGAAGAAUGGAGUCUAAAAUUGAGUUAAUCAUUGCACUGUAUGGAUUAAAUAAACCGCACAAACGCACAGGAAAGAUGAUUUGAUGAUUCCUUGGUCAGAAUCUGUUUUGAGUAUCCCAACUUCCAUUCUUCACAGAGACUGAGUCACGCUGCUUGGUUCGGUCACUGUUUGGACAUAUGAGACAGAGUGACAAGGGACAUAUAUUUGUUGACAUAUAUUUCAUUUUCAAAACUGAGAUUCCACUGUCUUUUUUUUUUAACCUUGAGUGUGCAUGAAUUGCAAACUAUGCUUCACAUGUUACUGUGUGCUGUUAACUUGACACCUUUGACAUCAUCAUUUUCAUCUACAUGAGCAAACCUGUUACAUUCCUUACAUUAUGGACUUUUUUCCUUUUCUUUUCUUUUCCUGGAGAUGCCAUGUUGAUUACAAGCGACUGAUGAAAUGUAACGAUACAGGUAACCGUCACCACUAAUGCAGACGGAACACAAUGGAAGUAUUUACUCAUUAAAUAUGCCACUGUGCUUAGCUAUAAACAUGACACGUUAUUAUGAUUAAUAUUGCGCACUGCUGAUAUCUUCUGAGAACAUUGGCACUGACCAUCAAAUGAAACAUGGCCCCCUAGUGGUGAUGGAUACGGUUACGUUCUGAUUUUUGCCCAAGAGACAAAAAGAGUAAGCUGAAUUGGAAAUGUUUUCCUUUCAUGGUGGCGCUGACAACUUCAUAGUCAUGCUAGUUGUAUUGAUGGAACUGUCUCCAAGUGUAAAGAUGAGCUUUUGGAAUGUAUGUAUGCCAUUCUUUAGGUUGGCAUGUUGGGCUGCAGGGAUGCCUCUCACCAUAUGUGAAUAUUAUGGCCAUGUAUAUAAGAGAUAUUCACUAUAUGAAGAAAAUAAUGUAUUCUUUAUCCUAUAUUUACUAUAAAGCCUGUGUGUGUGUGUGUGUGCGCGCGCUGAUCCAUGUUUGGCUGACUAUCAAGUUACAAAAACAUUUUUGUGUCUUUUGUGAGAAUUGUUGCAUGUGACUGCGUGGAUUCAUUCAUUUCAUCGUGCAACACAUGGACACACCCGAGACAAAUAGAUGUUUUCAAGGAAGGAUUUAUGCCUGGAAUAUGUUUUAAGACUGCAUCAAGUGUCCUCUUCAUGCCUUUUUUGUCUUUAUCUCCCUCUAAUGCUUGUAAAAAGUGUAAAUGGGUGUUGAUUUGCUGUAUUAAAUGUUAUUUUUUGUUAUUUAACAAUGGUUUGCCAAUAUAUCAUGAUUUGACAAUCUUGUUAUACCUCAUGUCUUUUCAUCUUGUGCUGUCCUUUCCAUCUUCCUUGGUCACUCCUGCCACCUGCCAUGUUUUGUCUAAUAUCUUUGGUCUGCCCCACUGGUGUAAAUUUUGCUCUCUUAAUAUUAUGACUUUAUUCAUUUAUAACAUUAUCCGCAUGCUAAUUUUUACAAUAUUACAACUUUUUUUAAAACGUGUUUUUUUUAAUAUUUCAACUCUAUG